CUGUAGCCACAAGCUGGAACAAAUAUUUAUGGGAAAUGGAGAAAGAAAAUAGUAUUUAGAUUGUUAAAGUUAUCUUCAAAGCCCUGAAAGACGGCUCUUGUAGCGAGACCAAAGUUAUUUAUAUCUACUGGAGCUGUGUUUGACUUAUCAAGGAUUACAUGGCCUGCCAGAGACUGGAGCAGUGUAGGAGAUCCCACCUGAGACACGGCACAGCGCAGGGGGCGCCAUCAUAGGCUUCAGGUUGUACAGGGGCGUCAAACGGCAGCUGGCUAUGUGGAGUUGUUGCAGGCGACAUCCCUCAUGACCGAAGACUUCUUCCAGAGGAAUAAGUUAAGUCCUGCGUGUUUUUCUUCCAUUUUCAAGCUCCACUUGGACCCUCUUCUUGCCAUUUUUCAACCGGUCGCAGAAGUGUUUGUGUGGCUCCUCCUUUGGGAAGUUGGUGUCCCUCGUAUGUGAGCCCUCCCCUCAGCUGGAUGCUCUCUUCUUAUCGUCCACAUCUUCAGCCUGAUGACAAACGCUGCACGUACCGGGUGGACUUUGGCCACACAUAUCUGGGAUUUUUAAAUGUGUAUGGUCAUAUUUGCUCCGAUUUUUGCCAUUUGUGCGUUUGCAACAUGUGGAGGCUACUAUGGGCACCUCCAGGUUAAAGUGGACUGUGCAGACAGUAGGCCGAGUAACAGGAGCAUCGUCAUUGAUUUUGGCUAUCCUUUCAGGCUCCAUCAAGUGCAUUUCAAGGCCCCAUUAUGUGAUGCAAAGAGGCAUGAGAUUCUCUUCCUGGAUGGCGACUAUUCCUCAGCUGCUCAGUUUUUUGUCACCGUGGGCGUGAUUACGUUCCUCUACUCCCUCCUGGCGACGGUGGUCUACGUCUUCUACCAGAACAAAUACUUAAAGAACAACAGAGGCCCGCUUGUGGACUUUGUGGUGACGGUGAUCUUCUCCCUCAUGUGGCUCGUCAGCACUUGCUUUUGGGCUAAAGCUCUGACGGACAUCAAGACGGCCACGAAGCCCACCAAGGUGCUGCUGCUCAUCUCUGCUUGCUCGGCUCAGGAGAACAAAUGCACGGCCGCACAGGAGCCUUUCUGGUCUCGUCUCAACGCGUCUGUGGUUUUUGGUUUCAUCAAUGUCAUCCUGUGGGUGGGAAAUAUUUGGUUUGUCUUCAAAGAGACGGGCUGGUACAAGAUGGGCCACAGGUACCCCACCAGGAGCUCCUCUGGCAAACGGGAAAUGCGUCAGCGUCUCUACAGCGAGAGCAGCUUUGAGCAAAGUUUUGACGACGCUUUCGCUGCGCGGCCGUCCAGGCAAAACAGCUUCAAUCAGCCGGGGGGGAAUUUUGGGCAGCAGGCGUACCGACCGGGCGGUUUCAACCAAUCCCAAGUCAGCUGUGACCUCCCGCAGACGUACCUGGGCCAGCCAGUCAGUUAUGACAGCAAAGGAGGCCCCCAGGGCCCCAUGAUCAUUCUUAAUGACAAGUGAUUUGAGCGUUUUAUUUAUUAUUUCAUUGGAUGAGAAUAGAAUUCUGUGAACGUUUCCGAUGUGCUGUGUGGUGUUUUAUAGAUGAAGAAACUGAAAACUAGCUAAGUAUCCAUGCUUUGUUUGUAAUAUGUUCCAUAAUGUGCAAAACACAGCUCCCUCAUCAUAACUCCACAUAUCACAAACCGAAAUAAUAAAAUCCACUUUUGCAGCGCUAUUGCACGACUGUGGAACAUAUCGUUAUUUAUUAUUACAUUGAGUUUGAAUGGCACUCAACUUGACCUUGAAAUAUUUGGUAUAUAUGUGUGAAUUCUUUUUGUCGUUACUGAUUAAUCUUAACGAUGUCGUAAUUAAUGUCCACUUGCAAAAGUCUUGAUUUGAAAUAAAAACUGGUUCAGUGCAAUACAAGCGUAAUUGACUUGUGAUGCUCCGCUUGGGACACCAAUGCUAUAGUUUGCCACAAAUCCAUAGCAUUUUUUGAUUCAUGCAUCGUUUUUAUUUGAUAUUAUUAUUGAAAUACGGAA